UGGCGCCCAGGGACUGAAGCAGUUUUCUAAUACAGGCAGGUAUUGUAUUGUGAAUGGGUUUGCCUGCGUAGUUCUGUUUAGCUCUCUCCAAAGUGAAACAGAAAAGAAAAGAUGAUCUGUUUGGCAACGGAAAAUCACUAACAGGAUGUCUUUUUGUGAUGAAGUACUGCCGAAGCAGCAUCUAGGAGCCCGUGGUUACCAAUCAAUUGGUACAGUAGAGUCGAGCACAGCUGCAAUCGCUUGAAGAUCAGACAGCAGCCUCACGUUUCUGCUUCUUACUGAGGACUGGUGUACCAUGUCUUACCCCCAGUUUGGAUACACAUAUUCCUCAGGACCCCAGUUUCUCAUGACCACCAAUUCUCUGACGACUUGCUGUGAAUCCACAAGCCGGACUCUGACAGAUUCCGGAGCUGGUGCAUCAACUCAGACUCCUGUAUACUGUCCUGUGUAUGAAAGCAGGCUAUUAGCCACAGCUAGGCACGAACUGAAUUCUGCAGCUGCCCUAGGAGUCUAUGGGAGCCCGUAUGCCGGUAGCCAAGGCUAUGGAAAUUAUGUUGCUUAUGGUGCAGAUGCUUCUGCCUUUUAUUCUUUGAGCACUUUCGAUUCCAAAGAUGGGACUGGAUCUGCGCAUGCGGGUAUUGCUCAAGCAGCUGCCUAUUAUCCCUAUGAUCCUACUUUGGGCCAGUAUCAGUAUGACAGGUAUGGCACAAUGGAUGGGGGUACGAGGCGCAAAAACGCUACAAGAGAGACCACCAGCACCCUGAAAGCCUGGCUGCAGGAGCACCGCAAGAACCCAUACCCCACAAAGGGGGAAAAAAUAAUGCUGGCCAUCAUUACCAAGAUGACUCUGACCCAAGUCUCUACAUGGUUUGCAAAUGCCAGGAGAAGACUUAAAAAGGAGAAUAAGAUGACCUGGCCGCCAAGGAACAAAUGUGCAGAUGAAAAACGAUAUGAAGAAGGGGAGGAAGAAUCCCAAGAUGACAACACUAAGUGCGAUAAAAACAACGAUGAUAGCACAAGCAGAGAAGACAAGGAGCUUCAGCUGAGUGACUUGGAAGACUUCGAUACCAUUGAGUCCGAAAGUUCAGAAUGUGAGAUGAAGCCGCCUUUUCCACAGUUAGAUAAUCAUAUGAGAGCAAUCCAAUGCCCUACAGAACAUUGCAAAAACUCUUUGAAAAUGGCGGUUUCAGCCGUUACAGAAGGAGGGAUGGAAAGGCCCAAACCCUGUCUUAAGGAUGUUGUCGAAGACUGUGAGCAUGAUGUACCUGAAAGGCAGAGAGGCCACGAGACUAAACUGUCUUAUCACCAAAGUCAACAGGUGCUGGAUACCAAGCCAAGGAUCUGGUCUUUGGCCCAUACAGCUACUUCUUUGAACCAAACAGAGUAUCCGUCUUGUAUGUUGAAACGUCAGGUGACAUCCAGUCCAGUAGCAUCUACACCUGUUACUGUCAUGGAGAGACAUCAGGAUUCACCAGUGACCACACUCAGGAACUGGGUAGAUGGUGUAUUUCACGACCCCCUUUUUAGGCAUAGUACAUUAAACCAAGCUUUGAGCAACACCACUGUUUCAUGGGCCACCACAAAGGGGGCCAUUCUCGAAACCACCUCACUUGGACGAUCUACUGGGAGUAUUGCUGGUGGGAUUAAAGAACUUUCAAAUUUGCCCCACCUGGAAACAAACAAAGACAUUAUUUCAUUUUCUAAAUCCGGGAACAAAAUGUUUUGUUCAUAACGAGUUCCCCAUUGUGUGCGAUUUAUUUAAAAGAUAACUGAAUAUCUUAAGGAAGACUGGAACAAUUUAAUUAUAACGCCUUUUAGAACUACAGACAUCGUUAUAAGUUUAAGGAAAAUGCAUUUCCUUAUCGCCGAGUUAAAGAAUUUAUUUGUGCAAACUUUACAAUGGAUCAAUGUUGUGAAAAUAUUUAAUGAUCAUGUUUAAAAACCUCGUUAAGUAUUAUGCGAAUAUCGACGUUUACAACUUAAAUGUUUACGAGAAAGAACUAAGAGGAGUUAUAAAUAACUGUCUCUUGAGGCAUGCCAAUGUUACACUUUUGAAGAUUCUUGGACAUUUCCCCAAGUUCCGCGUUAUUAAAUAAUUCACAUACAACACGUCUUUGAAGUUUACACAACUGCACAUAUUAUCUUUACAACUGCAAUGAUAUUUAAAUUAUGUUCACUAUAAUAAAUAGUCUGAUUUGAAGUAUUAAUGGGUGCUCUGUAAUUCUAACAGAAAUAGUCAAAAUUGUCUUGUGUAUCUUUGGCAUUUUGUAAAGAAUACAAUGUCGGUUAUGGGCGCGCGACACACACACACACACACACACACACACACACACACACACACACACACACACACACACACACACAGUCCAAAUUCCAUCAGGUAAAGAGGAUGUAUAACAAGUUUGAAGUACACGCUGCAUGAUUUCUCUCAAAAUAUAAUUUAAAAAGUGGAUAAUGCGGAAGACCAAUAAAAACGGCAUGCGAAUGCAGACUAAAUAAGAUAACCCAACACGUUUACACGUGUUUAUUUGGCCAUGCAUUUUCCUACAGCUAACAUUAGCCUGUACAUUUCAUAAAUACGCCGUAUUACUUUUGUGGCGUGUCGGUCAACUGUGCCUCUUAUGAGGAACUUUCCUCAUUUGAAGAUUUGAGUCUUACAAUUUCC